AUGUCUGCAACGGCUUGCUUCUUGUUGUUCGAAAGCGAGCAUGAAGUUGCAUUGACUUGGGACUAUGCACCUAUGCUUUGUCUGAACUUGACCACUACCGCUGUUGCGAUUACACUAUGGUCAUCGGUGCUCCAACAGACUAAGGAGAGCACAACGCUUGGUAUCGCUUUCUUUACAGUAGCAGGAUUUACAGCUUUCAUCUCUCAACAAUUGGGGCUGCCUGUAUACUUGAGCUACGUACAAGUUCUGGCCUUCUUGAUAUCCGUCACAUGUUGUGCUGUUGGGAAACUCGGCAAGUCGGAUCAUGGUUCCUCACCCGAGCAGGGCUGGCUCGAGCUACCCAUGGAGUCUGACGACGUUGCAAAGCCGAGCAGAUCAUCCAUCAACAGACUCAUCUCUAAAGUCAAGGAACGAAAAAGAUGGAUCAUGUACCAGAGACCACCCCAACUGAUCUUUCUCAUCAUCACAACAGCAGUCUGGGGAUAUUUCCUCACCACGAACCUCUCGACACAACUUGCGAAGCACACAUCCCACGACUUGCGACUGGACACCUCUUACAGAGCAAGCUCCAACAUCGACAUCGUGAUGAGCAUGUACCGCGAAGCGCCCUCCCACAUAAUUCAAACAUUCUCACUACUCAACUCUAUCCCUUCCGUUGGCUCCAAAUCACCCCGUCUGAUCCUCUACACCAAAGACCCUGGCGCAAACACCACACUCCUCCAACACCAAACCAAUGCCACAAAAGUCAUCAAGCUGCCAAAUGUAGGUAGAGAAGGCCAUACCUAUCUCCACCAUAUAACCUCUUCUUGGGAUGAUUUGGCAACACAGACUUUCUUCUUGCAAGCCUCCAUUCACAACCCACGCGAAUUCACUGCUAGAGUGGAGGAUUACUUCACGCCUCAGACAGGAAUGUUGAGUUUGGGGUUUAGUGGUCAGAGUUGUGAGUGCAAUAAUUGCGGUGAUAGGUUUGGAUGGCGAGACCAUUCUGGCAUUGUGGAGGAGACUUGGAAGGAGGUAUUCAAUCAAACGUGUGGAGAGCAGAGGGUGCUAUUGAGUUACAAGGGCCAGUUUGUUGCUAGUGCUGCGAGGUUGAGGGCGAAUAAGAAGGGCUUGUACGAGAGGUUGAUGAAUGCGUUGGAAGAGCCGGAUAGCUGGGCGCACCAGCAAGGAUAUCUGCAAGGGCGACCCGACUCACUGAACGCGCCAUACUUUGGUUACACCUUGGAGCGGCUAUGGUCAGUGAUUCUGCAAUGUUCUGACGAGCGCAUUGCAGCUCUCUGUCCGACGUUGUUGAGCGGGACAAGAAGAAACGGAUCCAACGCAGAUUGUCAGUGUCUUGACUCCUCUUGA